AUGCCGGAAAAACUCCCACCUAUAGAUCGUGAUAAUGGCGAUCCUAAUGAGAAAUUCAAGGCAAGGAAUUGGAAGAAAAAGGAUAUCAGAAAAAUGAAUCCCCAACAAAGGAGUAGAUACAUGGCUUAUGAAGAGCCAUCCAAGGAGGCAGUGGAAGCUCAGAGUGUAUCAAACAAACGUCUGCUUGACAGGAAACGUAAUGAAAUGAGGAUAAAUGCUCCACUGCCAGCCGAGGAGUAUGAUGAAAGAGAAAAACAUGCCAAGUUAAUAGGACAGUUGAAAGCUGCUGAAUCAAGAAAUAGAUUAAGAAUAAUGAGGUUACGCUACCAAUCAAACAAGAGUCAAGAAAUAAGUCAUUUGAUUGCCUGCCAACCGACUGCUGCCAAAGCUGUAAGGCUACAGGCAUUGGUACCAUCCAAUCCAGAACGCAGAACCAGAAAGGACACUCUAGAUAAACUAUCGAGGGAACGAUGUGAACGAUUACUUGAAGAUUCACAAGGACUAUUAGUGAACAGGGUCCAUUAAACUCAGUCUUUGUUGUCAUGUCGC